AUGUCGUCCAUUAAACUCGUCGGAUUGGCCACCCUUUUCGCGGUCCUGCUGGCUCAGAGUGCUCAAAAUGCAAAGCAGGCAGUGAGUGGUGGAGACUACGAAUCCAUCAAAGAUCUCAAAGAAGUAAGUAUUGCCCAGCAUCCGGAGACCAGCUUUCAGAGCAUUUUCAGGGAGAAGUGUGGUGUCCGAGCAAGAAAGUGCACAACGAAACCGAAGAGGUGAUAGGCACAAAGUGCGACGAAGGAUCGUUCGCCCAUCACUACGAAUGCGGCGGAAAAGACAACGGAGAAUGUCGCUUUGCGCUUCAGGUAGUGGUGCUUGCGUGCAUCAAAUCUUACGAAAUCUGCAGCUGUGGGUGUACAUUGUUAUCGGAGUGAUCGUGCUCAUCUCCCUCUUCUCGACAAUAGCCGGAAUCGUUUGCCGCUGCUUCUGCUGCAAGUAG